AUGCCUCAGUACACCACCCGUGAUGGCGAGUCGUCGCAGUUCCGCAGGAACAAGCAGUCCAUGGCCGACCUCAAGCUCCGUCGCUUGACAGAGCUCAACAUGCGCCUCCGCGAGGACUUGGAGCGUGAGCGUAUCCCCGUCAGCACCGCUGCCAAGAGCAUCAUCUCCUACUGCAACGGCACGAGAGACUACAUGGUCCCCUCGGUCUGGGGUGCUGUCCCCCGUGGUGAGGACCCGUACGCCCCCCAGCAGUCCGGCGGCUGCUGUGUUGUCAUGUAA